AUGGCUGGUCGAGGAAAGCUCAUUGCCGUUAUUGGCGACGAAGACACUUGCACUGGCUUCCUCCUCGGCGGCAUCGGUGAACUCAACAAGAACCGAAAGCCCAAUUUUCUGGUGGUGGAGAAGGACACGAGCAUUACCGAGAUCGAAGAGACGUUCAAGAGUUUCUUGGCUCGUAACGACAUUGGAAUUAUCCUUAUCAACCAAUUUAUUGCGGAGAUGAUUCGUCAUGCUAUCGAUGCUCACAUGGAGUCCAUCCCAGCCGUUCUGGAAAUCCCUUCGAAAGAGCACCCAUAUGAUGCAUCCAAGGACUCCAUCCUACGCAGGGCCAAGGGCAUGUUUUCUGCUGAGGACUUCCGAUGA